AUGUUAGACACAACUGCCAACGACUCACAAACAGGAGGCGAUCGACGUCAAGAUCCUUUCCCUAAGCGCCAGUCAACGUACUGGCGACGUAAUCCAAAUGCACCAAGCGGCGGAACAAUGGGUGCGACAGCACCAGCUCCUCCACCUACGCUUUACGAUCAGCUUGCUGCAAUGAGUUUGAACACAAGAGCUACGCAAUACGACGAGGAUAGUAGCUAUGGUGGCACAACCACUGAGGACGACUGCAAGUCGAGUGAACAUGGCAGUUCAUCAUCAGCUAUUGAUACGAAUUCGCCCAGCAAUACUUCACUGUAA